GUGUGUUUCCAACAACAGGCAAAAACACGAAUCGGAUUUUAGCGACCGCCCCCCCUCGCCGAAUCCAACGUUGCAACAACAUAGUUUUCACAUAAACUAAAACGCAAGCAAUGCCGACCCCCCCGAGGAGACCAGUCACCGAUUAGGCCACGACUCACGCAUUCAUUCAGCAGACAAGCGAGACACUGGAGCUGUCAGAGAAACAGGAAUAGGCAGAGUUACAGGCUGAAUGAAUUGUAGCUGGAGCUACAAACACUGCGACCAUAACAACAACGGUGCGAAGCGGGACGAGGCAGCGGCAAAGUGCAGCCGUGGCCAGAGAAACACGAGAGAGCGCUAAGCUGAAGCAACACAACGCGAGACCCAAGUCCACGUAGCGAAUGAGAAGGAGCCCUCAACAUGGCGAUGCUUACAAUGAUAGCCCGAGUCAUCGAUGGCCUGCCACUGGUGGGCACCAUGCAGGAUGACGAGCAGAGCGGUCGCAGCAUUUUGGACUACCAGAACCAGGCGAAGAUGCUCUUCCGCAAGCUGGGCACACACUCGCCGGCCAGAAGCAGCAUCGAGACGGGACCAUACCUAUUCCACUAUCUAAUCGAGAAUGACGUUUGCUACUUGGUCAUGGUCGACAAAAUGUAUUCCAAGCGACUGGCGUUCAACUACCUGGAGGACCUGGCCCAGGAGUUCCACACCCACUACGGGCGGAGGGUGAACUCGGUGACCCGGCCCUAUGCCUUCAUCGAGUUCGAUGUGUACAUUCAGAAGGCGAAAAGGCAAUUGACGGACCGCAGGCGCAACAUCACGAACAUUAACACACAGCUCCAGGACGUGCAGCGCAUCAUGGUGCAGAAUAUCGACGAUGUGCUACAACGUGGCACGGUCUUGGCGGACCUCGACACGAAGACCCAGAACCUGUCGCUGAUGUCGCAAAAAUAUAAGAAGGAUGCCAAAUUGCUCAACCGCAAGUCGAUGGUCAUGAAGGUGGCGGCUGUCGGCAUCGUUUUCCUCAUCUUUUUCCUCUACUUCUGGGUUUUGUAAUAUUCGUUAGUACCCCCCACCCACCCUACUCUCUGUUUGUGUUUAGUUUUAGAAUCUGUUGGCAGUUGGAUGUCGAAAACGAGGCGACAGUGUCGGCAGUCGAAAGUCAAAGACGAACGGCCAAAAGACAUUUAGGCUUACACACACACAUGACAUAUACAAGCUAAAUCAUAUGCCGCGUAUACAUACAUUUGCAUAAUUUAGGGGCAAUAUUUAUACCUGCAAUGCAAAAUCCAGUAGCUUGAUAUAAUUUACAUUUUAAAUCCCAAUUCCUCGGUCCGUUAAACAGCAAAAUCAUUUAACUUCGCAACACCAAGUCACAGUCGCAGUCGCAGCGCAGUCAUGGUCCCUUUGUUUGCACCAUAGUUUACUUGAAUAUUUUAUUAUGAUUUGAAUUAAAUUUAGUUUGCUCGACCUUUGCACUUGCGAUACCUUUGCUUUGCUAGCGUGCUCGGCCGUCGGAUGGCUGGGGUACCGAUCUGCCGAUCUGUAAAUUAAAAUACUUAAAGUGUCUCUGUAUGUGUGUGGUGUGUGUGUGUGCAUGAAUUUGUAGAUUGUACGUACAUAAAUGUGGAAUAGCCUAUGAAGAUAGUGCCUAGGGAACCCAAUCGACUGCGAUUAGGACUGCUAAGCAAUAAGCAAACAAAAGGAGGCACAGAAAGUGAAAUAAAACAAGUUUUAGGCAAUUUAUAUAGUUACUAAAUUAAGGCAAAUAAAUCAAUUUACAAUGUUUAAAAAAACGCAUA